GCAUCAGGAUGUGUUGAACUUGUUGAGUGAAUGUAGGUCGAGCGAAAGGGAAGAUGGAGAAGAUAAAUCAGAAAGGAUUGCGGAAGGAUUGGUUCAAACUCCAUAUCGUAAAAAAAUGAAGAACCAUGAACGAUCGAAUGUCAACGAAGAUGAGAGAAUGAGUAAGGUCAAUCGCAAUAUUGGCAUCAAUAAUUUAAAAUCAUUGAACACCGUUCCACCCCUGAAUUACCUUGGUCUCGAGCUUACUAACGCCGCCGAAUCUAACAAUACACUUGAAGUUUAUCUCGUUAAUCUUCUUAAUAUAGAGAUGAAAACAAUUGUACCCAAGGACUUCGAGUUAUCUGAAGCCUUACUUGAGCAUCUUUCAGCCAACCAUAGUAGUGGUGAUAAUGAUACCAAUGAAUCGUCGCAAAACGAGGCAAUUGAGUCAGAAAUAGCCUUCAUUACUCCUAGAUGUAAUAAUUUUGCCAAAGAAGCAAUGUUCCAUGUUGUUGAUCACCGUUCAUCACGUGGUAGAGACUUGCUGGACGAUGGUCAAACAUAUGAUUCUCGAAAAUUCGAAAAGUCAUCAACUCUCGCGAAUGCCGAGAUUCCCAUUAAUAUGACGGAAGAUGAGGACCAUGAAUAUGAUGGUCAUGAGGACGGGAAUCCUCAGAUCGGUGAGCACCUAUAA